UUGUUUGCCAGUAUCCUGUGUGCGGAAGCGUGCCAGUUAGAGCUGGCACGGUAGCCAUUUGUCUUUGAUGUCUUUGCAUCUCUGCGUAACGGUGUGGCUCCUCCCCUGCGCCCUGCCCCAUGUAACAGAAGAGUCUAAAUACAAUUUGAAGAAAUCAAAAGUCUUUUUUGUUGGACACUUCAAAGACAGUGUUUACAGUAUUAAGCAUGACUAAUAACCCAGAACCUAAUGAUUAAAGAGGAAAAGCCUAAUAAUGGAACAGGAAGAAAAUACUUUAACAAUGGCAGAACACAGGUGAAGAUCAUCAUCUUCUUGAAAAUUGCUGAUUUAAACACCGUAGAGGCACAAGAAGGAAAAGAAAAACAAAACCAAAAACCCAGAUCAUUGCAGAUUCUUCAGUUUCCUUGCAGGAUAGCUCUGCAGGGACGAAGGCACCUUUUUUCUAGUUUGCACUGAGUCCUUAGGAGGCGAAUGUACUAUAUUACAUUUAUUUCAUAAUCUGAAAGGAGAAUAGUAUUUGGAAUAAUGGCAACAGGAGACCUAAAAGGAAGUUUAAGAAAAAUAGAACAAGGACUUCGCUUAUUAAAUUAUCCGAGAGAUGUGGAUUAUACAUUGUUAGUAAAGGGUGAUCCAGCUGCAUUUUUACCUAUCAUCAGCUAUUCUUUUACAUCAUUUUCAACUUACAUAGCAGAACUUUUGGUAAAGUGCGAUGUGGAACUCACAGCAAAGAGUGACUUGCGUUUCAUUGAAGCUAUUUAUAAGCUUCUUCGAGAUCAAUUUCAAUAUAAACCAGUUUUAACAAAACAACAGUUUCUUCAGUUUGGCUUUGCAGAAAGAAAAAUGCAGAUUGUUUGUGACAUUAUCAACUGUGUGGUGAAAAAACAUAAGGAAUUAAGUAACUCGAAUAAGGUUAAAUCCCAAACAAGGAAAAAACUCAGAUCUUUUAAAUAUGAAGCAUGGUCAAAUUGUGAUAGCGUCCUUGCUGAUCCUAGUGGCAGUGCUCUGAAUUCCAAACAGAAGAAGCCUCAAGUAGAAAGGCAUUCAGGAAAUGAAGUUAGUGAUGACCUUCAUCCACCACCCAUUCCAGCACAGGGAGGUAAUGAAGAAGAAUUGUUCCUAGAUGAUGAUGAUGUGGAAGUUAAAUGUGAACAAGUCAUAGAAGAUAAUUGUCAGAUUGAGUUCCUAAAGAGUCAGCUUGCUGAUUGUCAGGAAAAGCUUCAUAAGCUAGAUUGGGUGGAAGAUAAACUACAUGUUUUAGAAGAGAAACUGAAAGGAAAGGUGAUCAUAGAUGAGAAGGACUGGAAUAACUUGUUGAGCCGAGUUUUGCUUCUUGAAACGGAAUUGCUGUUGCAAUCCAAAAAGAGAGACUUAUCUACAGAGUUCAGCAAUGUAGGUCAAGAAUGUACUUCUAGUAGGAUUCCAGUUUCUCCUGAUGCAGAGAGAAAGGAGAAGAUGCCAGAGAGUCUUCAUCAGUUGUCUGGAUACAGUUCACUAUUAUCCACAGACCCAUCUCCCAGAGCCAUGACCAUUAAUUCUCAUGAUCUGACAGACAUUUCAAAGGAGACAACAAGACAAAGAAUGGAAAGGAUAAGUAAAAUAAUUGAAGAAACCUCAGACUUGUUGAAAACCUCAAGCAACACCUGUGAGAAGACCUGAAAGCACAGGUCUUAAGACCUGGUCUCUGUAGACUACGGAUAUCAGAACUAAUAUGUAUGUUUGUACAGCAUUAAAUUUUUAAUAUAUCAAAUUUGUAGUGAUCACCAGUGCUUUUAUUACUUUGAAUAAAUAUUUUCUAAUGCAUCUGUGUACUGAUUUCCCUCCCCCCGACCCUGUUUGUUGGGUUUUAAAAACUGUUCAUAUAGCUUCCCCCCACUUCUGUAAAGUGAAGUCAUUACAGCAAUGUAUUUUUGUGUUGACAUUUGUUAGCAGUGUGCUAAGUAAUAUGUUUUUUAAAGUGCAGGUUUGAGGACCAUGGUUUACAUCCUGUUGGAAACAUUCCAGCUGGGUCUUGCAUAUUGCACCCAAGAGGCUUUCUUACAUACCAUCUUACCAUCUGUACCGUUGAAUAAGUCUUAAUGAAAACUUAAAUACACAAUUUUAAAUAUGUACCUUUUUGCUGGUUUUUUUAAAUAUAAAAUUUCAUGCUGAGCUGGAGAACACCAACACAUUAUGGCUUCCAUUAACACUGGCAAAGUGAGGGUCAGUUUGAUCCUAAAUACUAAAAUGCUCAAGUUAGUCCACAGACUUUGACUGCAAGAGAUGUGUUGAGUGUUUUAGUGCUCUUACCCAACACGUUUUAAGACCAGCAGCGCAGAUGGUGACCAUCCAGUAUACAAAGAUACACAUUUUUAAGAUUUGAAGCUAUAUUAAAAUUCUUCUUU